AUGGAGGCGAUUGCGUCGCGGUCUGCUCGUCAUCAUGUGACGCACAGAAAGCCCUCCUCGCCCCACGAAAUUAUUCAGAGCCAGGGCAAAUUUCGAGGCCAGGAAUUUGUGAGGCUAUCCCACCCGAGCACCACGACAAACCUUACACUCCUGAACACCCUCACAACACCCGUCAAGAUGGAGAACGACCGUGGCGAGAUCGUCGAUCUCUACGUCCCCCGCAAGUGCAGCGCUACCAACCGCAUCAUCAAGGCCAAGGAUCACGGCUCUGUCCAGAUCUCCAUCGCCAAGGUUGACGAGAACGGCCGCGCCGUCCCUGGCGAGGCCCACGUCUAUGCCCUCUGCGGCUUCGUCCGCGCCAUGGGCGAGUCCGACGACGCCAUGAACCGCCUGGCUCAACGUGACGGCCUCGUCAAGAAUGUCUGGAGCGCUCAGCGAUAA